AGCAAAGGCCAAAGGGGUCUCCUCCUUUAAUGUCAACUAACUUAUGUCUCUAUUUUCGUCCAUAAAUAGUGUUAAGUAAAUGUAGUAAAUAUUACUCGAUAUAGCCCAGCACUCGCAUCAUAUAUACACGAAUAUAGUAUAUAACCCAUGUAAGCUGCAGAUUUAAGUGAUUCAAAACACAAAAAAAUCUGUAAUGGCCCUAAACAGCAGCAACAAGGUUGCGCAAACCAGCCCAUAUUGGGACUUAGGAGAAGCAGAGGAAGUGGAAGCAUUUUGCUUAGCUUCGACCCUUGUUAUUGAGGGUGUCAAGUUUGGUGUACUACACAGUGUAAGAGAACUCAAAGUCUUGGAAAUCAUCCACAAACGUGGGCCAAAUAAUCCUCUAUCCGCGGCUGAGAUUGCCGCCGAGUUGCCUACUAACAACCCGGAGGCUGCAGCCGUGGCUCUCGGCCGAAUGCUGGACUUGUUAGCCAGCUACUCUGUGCUCAUUGUCACUCCUAUCACCCUUCCUGGUGGAAUUGUCCAAAGACGUUAUGGACUUGCGCCUGUAUGCAAAUUCUUGAUUCCUGACGAACAUGGUGGUUAUUUGGCUCCUACCUCUAAUGUGUGUAUGUACAAGCCAAUGAUUGAGAGCUCCCUAUUAUUAAAAGAUGCGGUACUUGAAGGCGUAGAACCAUUUAAAAAGGCUCAUGGAAUGGGUUUCUAUGAAUAUUUUGCCAAACAACCCAAACGUCAAGAGGACUUUAAUGAUGGAAUGUCAAGUAGCUCUAUUCUUCUCUUGCGCGAACUACUGAAAAAAUAUACGGGAUUCAAGGGUAUUGCUACACUGGUUGAUGUUGGUGGAGGCAACGGAGCUACCCUCCGCGCCAUCCUUGCUGAAUAUCCGAGUAUCAAAGGCAUCAACUUUGAUCAACCUCAAGUUAUAGCUAAUGCUCCAUCAUGUCCGGGUGUGGAACAAGUUGGAGGAAGCAUAUUUGAGAAGAUCCCCAAAGGUGAUGCCAUGUUCAUGAAGUGGAUUUGUCAUUGUUUCAAUGAUGAAGCAUGCAUAACCAUCCUGAAGAACUGCUACGAUGCCCUUCCAGAGGACCAUGGCAAGGUUAUAAUAUGUGAAGCUCUUCUUCCAGAUCAAAGUGAAACCACCUUUAACUUAGCUGCCAAAGCAGCCUACCAGUUCGAUGCGUUGAUGAUGGCUACGACCGGCGGCCGAGAAAGGACAGAGAAGGAGUUCGAAGUGUUAGUCUUUGCUGCUGGGUUUCAAAGCUUUGAUGUUGUUUGCUCUGUUCAUAAUUCAAAGAUCAUGGAGUUAAUCAAGAAAAACUAGGCCUUACAAAUCCUUCUUUAAUUCCAGUAUAUCAUUCAGACAUUCACUAUCAAGAAUAAGACCGAUUAUAUGUAUUGGUCACUUAGGAUUUCUGUUUCUUUCAUUUCUUGAAAGUUGUGUGCAUUUAUUCUAUUUUUAUGAUUGCUCAACAAUUAGUAUGAAUAAUGUAUGAUGUUAUGUGUUUAGCGUCGUCUAAAAUGUUAAGUGAGGUUUUACAUUAUUCA